CCCAAGUAAACUUUGAAUUUCGAUGUAUGACGAUCUCUUCUCUGUAACUGCCCCAUCUCAAUCUACGAAUUCACUCAGCUCAGUCAGAGUCAAGUUCCACUAAAACACAAAGCCAUUAAGAUUGAAUUUCGACUUUACCCCUCCCUUAGAACCCCACCUCUGGACACGAUGGUUUCCGCUGUGCGAAUUGCUCCUACGAGAGCUGUGCGAGCCAUGAAUCUGCUUCGAACGGUCCAAUAUACACACCCACCAACAUGUCCUUGCCAUGGAAACCCCAAUCAUCAUCACCACCAUAAACCCUCGAACGGUCUUCUUGCACAUGCGAAGCGAAAUCUCCAACGAAAUUAUGCUACCCCGGUUGAUCUGUCGAGACAAAAAGAAUAUGCUUUUGAAAUGGCUGCUUCCUCGAUUCGUUUCGGUCCAGGUGUUACAAAGGAAGUUGGAAUGGAUUUUAAAAACAUGGGCGCUAAGAGGGUUUGCGUCGUGACUGAUAGUACGGUCAGAAAUUUGGAUGCUAUGAAGCAGGUUAUUGAGGGCCUGACGAGAGAAGGAGUGGAAUUCACAAUAUAUGAUGGUUGCAGAGUGGAGCCAAAGGAUUCCAGCAUCAAGCACGCCAUUGAUUUUGCGAAGCCCUACCAACCGGACGCCUUCUUGGCUGUUGGUGGCGGAUCAGUCAUCGAUACUGCUAAGCUCAUGAAUCUGUAUACCUGCUAUCCAAAUGCCGAAUUUCUGGACUUCGUCAACGCUCCUCUAGGAAAAGGUUUACCAAUUGACAAGCCUCUGAAGCCAUUGAUUGCCGUCCCAACGACGGCUGGUACGGGAUCUGAGACAACAGGCACAGCAAUCUUUGAUCUAGUAUCAAAGCGAGCAAAGACUGGCAUUGCACACCGUAAUCUUAAGCCUACUCUCGGCAUAUGCGAUCCUCUAAACACUAGAACGAUGCCUUCAGCUGUACAUGCUAGCUCCGGUCUCGAUGUAUUGUGCCACAGCUUGGAAAGUUGGACUGCAAUUCCUUACUUUGAACGGAUACCACGACCACAGAACCCAAUCAACAGACCUGCUUACCAGGGUGCUAAUCCAAUUUCCGACAUCUUCUCUUUACAAGCAUUGAGAAGUACAGUACAAUACCUUCCCAGAGCCGUCAAGGAUCCAGAAGAUCAUGAGGCCCAGAGUCAAAUGUUGCUAGCUGCAACUCUUGCUGGUGUUGGAUUUGGAAAUGCUGGUGUUCACUUAUGCCAUGGCAUGUCAUAUCCCAUCUCAGGUCAAAAUCCAGGGUACAAGCAUGCAGGUUACCAAGUCGAAACGCCUAUCAUUCCUCACGGAGUCUCGGUUGCUGUGUCCGCUCCAGCCGUAUUUCGAUUUACAGGUCCUUCGAAUCCAGAGCGCCACUUGGCAGCUGCCGAAGCAUUUGGUGUUGACAUCUCAAAUGUGAAGCGAGAAAGUGCUGGUGAGGUUCUAGGUGAAGCCUUGACCAAGUUUUUGGCAGAUUUGGGCGAUCAACCGAAGGGUUUGAAGGAUCUGGGAUUUAAGAGAGAACAUCUCGAUGACUUGGUUGAAGGCACAAUUCCACAAGCGAGAGUAUUGAUGCUCGCCCCAGGUUUGGCGGAGGAGGUGAACGAAGAGCGGGAACAAUUGAAACAAUUGUUUGAGAAUGCAAUGGAACAUUAAAUUGAGAACAGAAGCUGUUGUUCUCUCAAUUUAAAUGGUGGCCUUCCCCUCGGGUACGAUCGUGACAAUAGUAAAAAAAUUAGGGGGGCUUCGCUUAAGCGAAACUGUACAUAGCACAAUAGCAACACAUCAAAUCCUAAUGUCC